UGUAGCAAUGAGACAAGAUAGUAACUACUAACAAUUGGAUACCAUGAAAUUCGGGAGAAAAAGGGGGUAAAAAAAAGCUCACAGUGCAGCGGUCACUCAGUCUGGUUGAUGGUAUGUUCAUGACACCUUAAUACGUCCUCAGAACCCACAAUCCCAGCGGAGUUACAUAGAUUGCAUCCAUAGAGUCAAAGAAGGCAACAUACAGGUUAGCUAGGUCACAGUGAGAGUCUCAUUCUGUAAAAAAUGAAGCCAACUCUCUUGCCAUCUAUCUUACUCAGAGAAAGAGGAGAACUUUCAGGGUUCACACCAUUCCGUCAAAUCCCCUUCCGAAUGGAGUGGAGCCUUCUCCACUCCAAAUCGGACCAGCUCAACCUCACCAUCAUGUGCCUUGGAUUACCGUGUCCUGGUCCGGCUGGGCUGAAGAACAAGAUUCUGAACAGCUCAUCUGACAAAUUACUAGAAAUGGAAUCACUUUGUAGCAUGAUGUUGUACACAUUUAUGGCAAAGUUCUCCAAAAAGUAUGUGAAAUAAAUUCUAAUAGGAGAAUUUUAGCAAGUUUGGAGGUUGAUGUUCAAGUAUCAAACUGAAUUAGGAUGGAAGGAAGAUACACAGUAUGGCUGUAAAUAGUCACUUGUCAACAAGUCUUUCUCUCUGCAGGGAGCUGAUGGGUACCGAUGACAUGUGGCCCUGGCUCAUGGCCCUUGGUGGCCUCCCUGCCAUCCUCCAGUUUGUGACCUUGCUCUUUUACCCUGAGGCUCCCUGCUACCUAUACAURGACAAGGGAGACACUGAGGGCUGCAAAAAAAGGCAUGCGCACAGUCCAGGGCUAUAUCAUAAUGUGAAACUUUUAUUUUGACAUGUUAUGCUGGCUUUUGGAAGAAGGAUGUUCCUUGAUUAUCUAGACCUUACAAAAGUCAAACAUAGAAUACGCUCCAUAACGUACAACAUAACAAUUCACAUAUAACAUAUAUCAGUACACAUCAUAUCAUCAGAUAUGGUGAGGUGAGGCGUGUAUAUGAUGUUUCUGUUGUAUAAAAUAUGAUUUGUGCGUAUGUAUCUGUCAUCUACAGGAGGAUGACCUGUAGAUGGAUGACAUGGGGAAGGAGAGCGCGAGCAUGCAGGGCCAGAAGGUUAAGACCAUGUGGGACGUGCUGACUUCACGCUGUGCCAGGUGGCAGCUGCUGGCUCUGGUCAUCCCUUGUGCCGGUAUUCAGUUUUGUGGUAUUAACACAGACAUUUAUUUCUACACUUUCGACAUCUUUGGUGAAGCUGGAGUAGCAGAGGACAAGAUGCAUUACCUGUCUAGUGGCAUCGGAACAACAGAUCUCAUCACCAUCACUCUCUGUGACCUGUACUCAUGGUUUCCCUAUGUUAACAUCCCCAUCAUCUUCUUUGUCAUCUGUAUUUAUGGACUAGGACCUUCUCAGCGUUCGUACUCUACUUCAUCCCAGAGACCAAAGGCAAGAGCACGGUGGAGAUCAUGGAGGACUUUAACAAACUCAACGACAAGAACGGGGACAAACACCAAAAAAGGCUGACUAUGUUAUGGCAAUGACAUUUUAAAGAAAUGUAUUGAGUGGCUUGUACACUCUUAGAAAAAAGGUUUCCAAAUGGGUUCUUCGGCUAUCCCCA